GUAGUAUUUUAGUUCCACAAUUCAUGGUUAUUCUGUUUGUGUCCACUUGUGAACAGAAGAAGUGAUAUGUGGACGAAAGUAAACAAGAGAAAACAAGAAUGGCACCUCUCUCCCUUUGCUUCAAGCCAUUAACAUAUUCUCUUCUUAAUUAUUCUGUUUCUCAAAACCUAAAUUUCCCUCAUAAAAACUCUAAUUAUACUCCAAUUACUGCUUCCUCUCCAGAAUUAAAGCCCAUUAUUAUCAAUGCAAAUCCUCCCACUUUUGUCUCUGCUCCUGAUCGUCGUAUCGUUGCUGUUGGGGAUUUGCAUGGAGAUUUAUCCAAGGCGCGAUGGGCACUCAACAUGGCAGGAGUCUUGAGUGCAGAUGGUCACGACUCAUGGACUGGUGGUGAGACGGUAUUAGUACAGCUGGGUGAUAUACUUGAUCGCGGGGAGGAUGAAAUCGCAAUCUUGUCAUUGUUGCGGUCACUGGAUAUGCAGGCACGAUUAGAAGGGGGAGCUGUCUUUCAGGUGAACGGAAAUCAUGAAACCAUGAAUGUGGAAGGUGAUUUUAGAUAUGUCGAUUCUGGUGGAUUCGAUGAGUGCACAGCCUUCCUGGAGUAUCUAAAUGAGCGUAAUCACAACUGGGAAGACGCUUUCGUUAACUGGGUCACUAUCUCUGAGAAAUAUAAGGAAGAUCAUCUAAAAUCUCGAAAUUAUUUCGGUCCUUGGAAUCUAGUGGAGAGGCAGAGGGGAGUUCUUGCACGGUCAGUCCUCCUUCAACCAGGAGGCCCGCUUGCUCGUGAAUUAGCCCGACAUCCCAUUGUCCUUAAAGUUAAUGAUUGGGUCUUUUGUCAUGGCGGCCUUCUUCCUCAUCACGUUGGUUAUGGUAUAGAGAGGAUGAACAACGAUGUUUCCCGUUGGAUGAGAGGUUUGCAUGACGAAGAUACUUCAUCACUGUCUUUCAUAGCCACCAGAGGAUACGACAGUGUUGUUUGGAAUCGGUUGUAUUCCCGAGAUUCUUCAGAUUAUGCGGAUCAUCAGAUUAAACAGAUACACGAUAUCCUUCAAGAAACAUUACAAACUGUCGAUGCGAAGGCUAUGGUGGUCGGUCAUACACCUCAGACCGCAGGGGUGAAUUGUGAAUACAACUGUAGCAUAUGGCGUGUUGAUGUAGGGAUGUCGAGUGGAGUUCUCGAUUCAAGACCAGAGGUUUUGGAAAUAAAAGGCAACGUAGCAAGAGCAAUUAGGAGCCAUGGCGAUGCAUCAAGUGAAUUACAGGUGCUCAGUUACAUAUAGAUUAUAGAACGUAAGAAAGCAAUUCUCCAUUGUGUUCGAAUGUUGCGAUUGAUUCUUGAACACUUACAACACGAUAUUAUGAUUUGUAUCGUUUGUUGAGAACAUAAGCUUGUAAUUAUCCCUUUGCAAUUCAAGAACAAAACAUUGUUCAGUUGGUAAAUAUAUUCAUUUUGUCCGAGAAAAAGAUUAAAA